GGAAGGUCGGAAGCGCGCCAUUGAAGAACCACAACGUGAAUAUUUCGAUUUCCUUGUCUUCAUGUGAGGGAAAAGUUGUGACGAAACAUUUGUUUUAGGACAACAAAGCGUAAACCCACAAGGAGGAUGGCGUACAGAGGACAAGGGCAGAAGGUCCAGAAGGUUAUGGUGCAGCCAAUUAACCUUAUUUUCAGGUAUCUACAGAACCGCUCUCGUAUCCAGGUGUGGCUGUAUGAACAGGUGAACAUGCGGAUAGAGGGGUGCAUCAUCGGCUUUGAUGAAUACAUGAACCUGGUACUGGAUGAUGCUGAGGAGGUUCACAUGAAGACCAAGAACAGGAAGCCCUUAGGGAGGAUCAUGCUGAAAGGAGAUAACAUCACCCUGCUACAGAGUGUAGCCGCCUAACUCAACCCAACAGGACAAAGUCCAUCCAUCUCCAGCCAACAGACGUUUUCUAGGAUUUGAGGAUCUUGCAGAUGUCUUUUCCCCCUUUUGUAGGUUAAUGUUUUGUUUUUUUGCAAACAAUAUUGAAGCUCAAUGGUGUUUGUGUGACGUGAAUAAUGUAAUUGUUUCUUUUUGCCAACUAUUCCUCUGAAAUAAAUGUUGUUUUGUUUCUUA